ACAUCCUAAUCAUCACUCAAAAUAUCUUCCCCCCUUUCCCUUUUUCCACUUUUUAGCUCACUUUUCCCCAAACUCACACAACUAAAAAAUAUCUCAAGACUUUAACCCAAAACCCGACCCGACCCGACCGAUCCAGACCAUGUCAGGAGCCACCACCGCCGCUUCCUCCGGAAACAACCACAGCCUCCAUCUCCCGACCCCAACCCUCGACGCCGAGUCGCAGUCCCUCCUGCAAUCCAUCUCCGCUCAAGGCGGUUACGCCUACGCUCGCAUGGCGGCGCUAGCAGUCGCCGGCGACCGAAGCGCGGCGGAGGCGGCGCGUGAUAUGGCCUGGGAGCAGCUCCACUCCGGCCCCUGGCACUCCGUUCUCCCCGUCUGGCGCGACGCCUACUCCAUGGCGUGUCUCCGCGUCGCCAAGUUCCACUUCGCCGCCGGGGAGUUCGGGGAAGCCCUCGGCGCGCUCGACAUGGGUCUCAUCAUGGGCGGGAUGCUUCUCCGCAAGGACCUCCACGACUCUGUGCUCUUGGUCUCCUCCGAGGCUCGCAAGAAGGCCAAGAAUAGUCUCCAAGCUUCCGGAGAAGAUUUCAAGGGUGAGAAGUUGGUCCCUGAAGUUCCCGUCGACGUCAAUGAGGUGCUAAAGAUUCUACCUUUGAGGUCGUUGAGUAGUGGAAGAGUAGAGAAGAGGUCUGAUUUAUCUAUGGAGGGGUUUCUGCGUAAUUAUUUUCAGACAGGUACGCCUGUUGUUAUAACCAAUUGUAUGGCUCAUUGGCCUGCUAGGACCAAGUGGAACCACUUGGACUAUCUCAACGCUGUCGCUGGUAACCGUACCGUUCCCGUCGAGGUGGGGAAAAACUAUUUGUGUUCUGAUUGGAAGCAAGAGCUUGUGACUUUCUCCAAGUUCCUUGAACGGAUGAGGACCAAUAGAUCCACGUCGUCCGUGGAGCCUACUUAUCUUGCUCAGCAUCCCUUGUUUGACCAGAUAAAUGAACUGAGAGGUGAUAUAUGUAUUCCUGAUUACUGUUUUGUCGGUGGAGGGGAACUCCAGUCUCUUAAUGCUUGGUUUGGCCCGGCUGGGACAGUCACCCCAUUACACCAUGAUCCACAUCAUAAUAUACUUGCUCAGGUUGUUGGUAAGAAGUAUAUAAGGCUUUACCCAUCCUCGUUGCAAGACGAACUUUACCCUUAUUCUGAGACAAUGCUUUGCAACUCUAGCCAGGUUGAUCUUGACAACAUUGACAAGAACGAGUUCCCAAAGGCGGUGGAGCUAGAGUUUAUGGAUUGUAUCCUAGAGGAAGGCGAGAUGUUGUACAUCCCUCCCAAAUGGUGGCACUAUGUCAGGUCUUUAACAAUGAGUUUCUCGGUUAGCUUCUGGUGGAGCAAUGAAACAGAGUCAUCUGAUUCGUAGCAAAUGGAGUAUUUUUAAUCUCUGUUUCUAUGUUCACUGUCUUUUACACCAAUUAUGUUAGACCCUAAAAGUAAGUAGAGAAGAAAACAAUUGCUCUGAGACUGAGCAUGAAGAUCGUUUCUUUUGUCUAAGCCUAUGUUGUAAAAGACAAUUGAGAGCUUUUAAGUCUUUAUCACAGACAUUUUUGUGUGUA